GGUAAUAAUAAUUCGUCACUAGGCAGCACGCGUGCGAAGAGAAAGGGUUAGGUGUCUUUGGCCGGUCGUCCAAAAUAAAUCCAAAAUCUUGUGAAUUACACACAAAUUCAAAAUGUCCACUUCGAAGAUGUUAUCGGUAUUUGGUGAGAGGACCUCUGGGGACACAGUCAGACAUCAAAAUGUUACUGCAGCAUCGGCUGUGGCCAACAUCGUCAAGAGUUCCCUGGGGCCCGUUGGACUGGACAAGAUGCUGGUGGAUGACGUUGGUGAUGUGACGGUGACCAAUGAUGGCGCCACAAUCCUGAAGCUUCUUGAGGUGGAGCACCCAGCAGCCAAGGUGCUGGUGGAGCUGGCUGAUCUGCAGGACCAGGAAGUGGGAGACGGAACUACAUCAGUGGUUAUUAUCGCAGCUGAGCUGUUGAAGAAUGCGGACGAGCUGGUCAAGCAGAAGAUUCACCCCACGACGAUCAUCAGUGGCUACAGACUAGCGUGCAAGGAGGCGUGUAAGUACAUACAGGAGCAUCUGACCAUUGGCGUGGAGGAGCUGGGCAAAGACUGCAUCAUCAACGCUGCCAAGACCUCCAUGUCCUCCAAGCUGAUUGGACGUGAUUCCGACUUCUUUGCAAACAUGAUUGUGGACGCCGUCAACGCGGUCAAGCUGACAGACCCUAAGGGUAUCGUGAGGUACCCCAUCAAGGCAAUCAACGUGCUGAAGGCUCACGGACGCAGCGCCAAGGAGAGCGUCCUGGUCAAUGGCUACGCGCUGAACUGCAUGCCAGCAUCCCAGGCCAUGGUGAAGCGUGUCACCAACGUUAAGAUCGCCUGCCUGGAUUUCAGCCUGCAGAAAGCCAAGAUGCAUCUGGGCGUUCACGUCAUCGUGGAAGAUCCCACCAAACUAGAUGCCAUCAGGCAAAGGGAGUCUGACAUCACCAAGGAGAGAAUACAGAAGAUCGUCGGAGCCGGAGCCAAUGUGAUCCUGACCACCGGAGGCAUCGAUGACCUCUGUCUCAAGUACUUUGUAGAAGCUGGGGCCAUGGCCGUCAGACGAUGCAAGAAGCAGGACUUGAGGAGGAUCUCCAAGGCAACCGGAGCCCAGCUGUUAGUCACCCUGGCCAAUCUGGAGGGAGAGGAGACGUUUGAUGCUACCAUGUUGGGUCAGGCGGAGGAGGUCUGCGUGGAACGCGUCUGUGACGAUGAGCUCAUCCUCAUCAAAGGGCCCAAGGUGCGUAACGCAGCCUCCAUCAUCCUGCGCGGUGCCAAUGACUUCCAGUGCGACGAGAUGGAACGCUCCAUGCACGACGCCCUGUGUGUGGUCAAGCGUGUCCUAGAGAGCAAGUCGGUGGUGCCCGGGGGUGGGGCCGUGGAGGCGGCACUGUCCAUCUACCUGGAGAAUCUGGCUACGUCCCUGAGUUCUAGGGAGCAGUUGGCCAUCGCGGAGUUUGCCAACUCCCUGCUGGUCAUCCCCAAGACCCUGGCUGUCAAUGCUGCCAAGGACUCGGUGGACCUAGUAGCCAAGCUGCGGGCCUACCACAACACAUCACAGAUGCAGGCUGACAGGGCCGAGCUCAAAUGGGUCGGUCUGGACCUGGUCGAGGGCAUCGUCCGGGACAACAAGAAGGCCGGCGUCUUCGAGCCGGGCAUCUGCAAGAUCAAGUGUCUGAAAUUCGCCACAGAGGCGGCCAUCACCAUCUUGAGAAUAGACGACAUGAUCAAACUGGCGCCGGAGGAGAAAGAGCAGAUGGACGGCCAUUGAUGACGCUUUAUAAGUAUAGACGCCACGAGUUUGAGCGCAUUCAGUAUAAAAUAAGCCAUGGGUGCGUGCAUAUUGCGCGAAGUACGCAUUGUGUCCCUUUCAAUGUAGCUCUCAUGAGUGUCGACAAAGCGCACUCAAGUGUCCAUCCACGGAGUCCACUAAAGUCUUUAUAAAAUUUGAGUGUACUUGUAAGUUAAGAAAAAAAGUUUAAGGUAAUGUGUUCUAAACAGAACUAUGAGUGUUUUUCUUUUAUAUCUGUCUUAUAAGCUGUGGAGUCAAAGUUUCUUUUUUUGUACAAAUUUGUGUGCAGUGUGAUAACAAAGUUAUUUGAAAAUGACCCGCUAAAAAUGUGAACUUGUUGCAAGUGUGACGGCUUCAUCAAAAUGAGGAAUAAGUCCAAAAUUCAUAUUUUUAAAAAAUAAGUUACAUUGUACAUUAUAUGACUGCUGUCGACGACAGCAUAAAUGUUAGCUUUUAAAAAAAUCAAAACUUCGAAGAAGAAAAAGAAUUUUUUUAAAAUUUUUUCAUCAGUUCCCUGAACAGGGCCCUUAGUUACACAGUAACUUGAACUUAAAAACUACAAAGCAAAUUUAACGCUCAUUCGAAUAAAAAUCAUUUCACCAAUCAUGGAAUCCAGUUUAUGAUUCACAAUAAUGUCAAUCGAACUGAAACGCAGAAAAACCUCCAAAGCUUUUGAGGACAGACUUAUUCCCCAUUUUGAUAGAGCAGGUCUCAUGUGACCCUUAUUUGGCUUAAUGCCUAUGUGCCAUCCAUGCAAACAUGUUGCAUUUAAGUGACUUUCCAGCAAAUUGUGCAUUUGAAAAAGUGACAAAAUGUGAAGCAAGUCUACAUGCAUUUGUGGUUAUUUUACGAAACAAUGUCCAAACCUUUGUCACUCAUGUUUAUUCAUGAAGGGAUUUACAUUACGUGUCAUUAAAGACUUUAUGCACAAAAUUAAUUGGUCAUAUGUGAAAUUUAGUCAUUCGUGAUUAAAUAACAUCACUGAAACAUCAA